UCUGUGACGCACAUUUUAGUCGACUGUCAAGUCCCACAGCUGACCCAAAACACGAUGUGAUCGGACGCCACAAACUAUCAUAUUUAUUCAUGAUCAGUGGCUUUUGGUUGCGUUCUGUGGUACCGAGUCCAUUCGUCUGAAAUGCAUCUCUUAAUUCAUGCAUCCGAAACUUCGAUUUAUACACUAUUUUGUUCGUUAUCUCGGCUAUAAACCAGCUGGUGUUGCUGCUGAAUAAUAAGUCCUCCAGGCGAGUUCAAAAUGACUCUUCCUGCUUUGCACAACACCGGCGUCGUUUACCGAAGGAUUCUGUCACAGUUUCCCCAGGACAUUAGUUUAGCUUUUGCCUAUGGAUCUGGCGUUUUCAAGCAGCAUGGGACCAGCCAAGGUCAAAUGGAGAAAAACAUGAUGGAUUUUGUUUUCGCGGUGGACGACCCAGUGACGUGGCACACCAUGAAUCUGCUGCAAAACCGCAAACACUACUCCAUUCUCAAAUUGCUGGGGCCCACGAAGAUCAACUCCAUACAAAAUGACCAUGGGGCUGCAGUGUACUACAACACACUGGUGCCUGUCGAUGGGAGGAUCAUCAAAUAUGGCGUGAUAAGCACAGAAUCUUUAAUCGAGGACCUGAUGCACUGGAAGACCAUGUACGUUGCUGGACGUCUUCACAAACCAGUGAAAAUGCUGGUGCAGAAUGAGAAUGGAAAGCUCCGUGCAGCUUUGGUGGCCAACCUGAAGAGUGCUGUGAUGGCCUCCUUCCUCAUGCUGCCAGAGAGCUUCAAUGAAGAAGACCUUUUCAUGCAGAUAGCUGGCCUUUCCUAUGCAGGGGAUUUCAGGAUGGUGAUCGGAGAAGACAAAUCCAAAGUGGCCAAUAUCGUCAAAGACAACAUUGAGCACUUCAGGAGUCUCUAUAACAACAUCCUGCAAGACUGCCCUCAAGCCGUCUACAAACCUCAGCAAGGAAAACUUGAGGUAGACAAAAGCCCCGAGGGACAAUUUAUCCAGCUGAUGGCUUUGCCACGCACCCUCCAGCAGAAGAUCACGAAGUUUGUGGAUCCUCCGGGAAAGAACCGAGACGUGGAGGAGAUCCUGCUGCAGGUGGCCCAGGAUCCAGACUGUGGAGCUGUCGUUCAGCAAGGAAUCUCAACUAUUGUAAAGUCCUCCAGCAUAACACAGAGUAUCAAAGGAAUCGCCACAGCUGGUAUUUGGAAGUCGGUGUCGUACAGCUCUAAGAAACUUUUAAAGAUGUGGAAGGGCUGGAGGAGGAGGAAGCCGUCCGUGUCCCACAUGUCCUGAACCUGCCUGUGGAUGUGAUGUCCAUACUUUAAUAUUCUCCCCUUAACUUCUGUCCAUAUUUUGUACAAAUGGGAUCACAAAUGAUGUCCCAAUACCUGUAUAACUGCUCUUUAUCGUGCAACUCAUAAAUAAGUUGUGGAAUAAAGGGUGACAUUUCACGAGUGAGACUGAAUUAAAGCUGACUUUUUAGA